AUGGGACGCUGGAACUGGAAGAGACGUGCGCAGCAGGGAUGCAGUUGCUGGAAACACCCCCGAGCAAAGGCUCACGCAAAACUGGCUCCUCCUCCUACCCGCGCCCGUGGUUUCUUCCCAGCGGAAGCCUCCCUCAAGCAACCGCCCCCCCUAGCGGCCCCAUCUGCCUCCUCCUCUCAUCCGCACCAAACCCCACGCCCCCCACCAAACCAGACCCGGCCGCCGCGCUCCAGUCGAGGGAGCGAGUCUGCGGGCGGGCGGGAGAUGCUGCUGAUGGCCGCGCCCGCCGCCGCCGACGAGCACCAGAGGGGGCGCCGGGGACGGCCGCCGCGCGCCGAUCUGCUCCUCAACUGCGACCUGCCCCCUCCGGCCAAGCUCUUCGGCCCGCUCCCGGCUCUGCACCUGCAGAGGGCGGGCCGGACCGACGAGAAGGGUAACGGCGACGGCAAGGACAGCCUGCUGCGGGCGCUGCGGCUGUCGCAGUCGCGGGCGCGGGAGGCGGAGGAGAAGCUGGCCGCCGCGGCCGCGCGCAGCGGAGGCCUCGCGGCGCUGCUCGUGCGCGACGCGGUGGCGCUCUCGGCGCACCGCCGGUGGGUGAUGAUGCUGGAGGCCGAGAACUCCGCGCUCAGGGCAGGAGGAGGAGGAGGAGGAGCCGCCGGCGCGGAGCCCGAGGAGGAGGAGGAGGAUGGCGCGGGGGCCGCCGCGUGGUGGGUCGCGCUGGCGGUCUGCGUCGGCCUCGCCCUCGGCAACCUCCUGCUCUGAAACUAAUCAUCCUUAAUUUGACUUUUGUAUAAAAAUCACCGGACGAUCCACUGCUCCAGGACUUGUUUGAGUCACUCAAAAUGUUACUGACAUCCAGCCGAUGCUUGGCAUGGGAAA